CCGUCUGCCAUUUUGGACGCGUCAUUCUCGUUCUUAACGUGAACCUGGUGAGAGUCGAAUAGAAUUUUUAAUUAAUUGUGGAAAAUGUCGUAUAAUACACGUAGAAAUUACUAUGCAGGGGUUGGUGCAAUAGGACAACGGCGGCCACAAGCUAUGCAAGGAAAUUUUGUUCAUGGCGGCCAGCUAAAUGCCAACUCCAAUCAGCAGGACAAGCAAUUUCAUGGUCAACAACAACAACAAAAAAAUCAAGGAAAUCAAAACCAGAAACAAGCACAACAACAAAAAAAUAAUCAACCCCAAAAGCAAAUAAAUCAGCAACAAAAUCCUGUUAGUAAUCUCACACAAGCUUCUCAACAACAACUUCAACAAAUACAACAUGAACAACAACAAUUACCUCCUCCACCAGUUCCUUUAAAAGAGGGUGAAAGUGAGGUUGGUACUCUGCAAAUGAAAGAGGAAGAAAAAUCUGAAGUUGCUACUUCUCCAAAAACUGCUUCAACUACCAGUGAGAGUACUAAGGAGAAACCGUUUUGGAUUAAGAAAACAAUUCGUAUUCCAAGAGCGGAACGAGUUCGCCGUCGGAACAUGCGUUUAAAGAAAGUUCUCCAACCUAAAAACGCCUUGAUGGUUUUAAACGAAUUGGUUGGUCAAACGGAAUACGUAGUGACCGACUCCAAAACCGAUUACAACCAAGAUAUCUUCAACGCUACUCUCUCAGUUGAAGGUCAAAAGUUUACAGGAACAGGUAAAAGUAAAGUUUCUGCGAAAACUGCGGCUGCGGAAAUUGCAAUUCGAGCAAUAAUUUUAAAAAGAUUACGUAAUCCCGCUGGCAAUGCUACCGCAAAUCAACAACAAUCCAAUUUGACACAAAUUCCCAUGGAAGAAGAUUCCGAAAAAAUGGAAGAAGAUCAAAAGGAAGAGGAUUUAUCUUGGUCGCAAAUCGCGAGUUUUGCAAUUUUUAAGUUACUAUCAAAUUGGGAUGAUGAAGAUGGAGGGAAUUUAGUUGAUUUAUUUUCCACCAUGAAUUCGUCAACUUCUGAUGGGCCACCAACACCACCAUCAACAUCUUUAACAAAUUUAAGUUCUGAACCGAAACCGGCGAAAAAACUACCGGAAAACGCGGCACAUUUGAAUCCAUCAAUGCUUUUGAAUCAAAUGUACCCACAUACAAAAUACGAAGAAAUUGGUAGGGCUGGAAAUCAAACCAAUGUACAAUUUACAAUUAGUUGUGUUGUUGAUGGAAAGACCUUUACAGGAACUGGCCCUAAUAAAAAGACGGCUAAGAAGAACGCAGCGUUUGAAGCUUGUAAAGCUUUAUUAAAUAUUGAGUACCCACAGGAAGUUUAUUGUCAAAAAAUGCAAGUUGAUCCAUCUCCUUUUUAAAAAAAAAUUAAAAAGAAUGAUGACUUUUUUUAAAAUAGUAAAGUAAAAUUCAGUUUUAAGUUUUGUUUAAGUUAAAGUAUUAAUUCUAAUUAUAUGUAAUUUUAUUAUUUUGACUAAAUAUA